UUUGGUAGCCAUCUGCAGGUGCUCCGUAGGUUGAAAACUCUUGUCUUUCGACGAGAACAACAAAAGAAUUGACACUGCAUAGAAAAAUGGACAAACUGAAGCUUCUGGAGAUAAUAUCCUGCUUAGUAUUCUUGAUGUUGAAGUCGUCUUUAGCUGGAAAUGAUCUGAAUGACUUAGAUGAUGAGCUUCUCCUCACACUUCUUACUCCGACUAAAACAGCCAGCGGUCAAACUCUUUUCGAAGGAGAUAUUGUACAGGAUGUGCCAAAAUACGACGAAACCCCUGCAAUGAAAGCUCUGCCAAAUAGAGGAGGAUUGUGGACUGACAGAGUUAUACCCUACGUUUUCCAUCAAAUGAUUGAAAUUAUAUGGUGGUUUUCUCCAGUCUUCAGUGGCACCAGCGGUGCAAUAUUUGGAUACAUGGAUUAA